AUGGAUAUUCACCGCUGUCGAUUCGUGCCAUAUAACCCUCAAGCGAUCAAUGCGCUCGCAUUCUCCCAUCCCCCGUCCGCGGAACUCGCGGGACGUGGUGUCCCAACCCUCCGACUCGCGGUUGGUCGCGCAAACGGCGACAUUGAGAUAUGGAACCCUUUGCGCGGCGCCUGGUUCCAGGAGACAGUCCUGCGUGGAGGAAAAGAUCGAAGUAUCGAGGGACUAGCGUGGACGCUUGAUCCUCAAGAAACUGGGUCCGAUGGAGUCAAGAUGCCGGGACGACUGCGACUGUUCAGUAUCGGAUACUCGACCGUGGUGACCGAGUGGGAUGUCGAGCAGGGUCGGCCCCUACGUCACUCGAGUGGGAACUAUGGCGAGAUUUGGUGUUUGGCCGCCCAGCCUAGAUGGCAUGCGACACGACGGGGUAAGGAUGGGAAACUCUUGCCCCCCGCGGAAGGAGAAUUCACGGGGCAACAUCUGGCUGCGGGAUGUGCAGACGGGUCCAUUGUGAUCAUGUCUACUGCUGAUGAGGAUCUGAGAUUCCUGCGUCUUAUGCGCCCGUCUACGAAGCGAGCGAGGGUUCUCAGUGUGACUUUCCAGGAUCGCAACACCAUCGUGGCGGGCUACGCUGACAGCUCGAUCCGUCUGUUUGAUAUUCGGAAUGGUCAGCUUCUGCGGACGAUAUCUCUGGGUAAAGGUCCGACGGGUGGCUCUAAGGAAUUGCUGGUUUGGUCUGUCAAAUGUCUUCCUGAUGGCACCAUCGUUUCUGGUGACUCUGCAGGUGAAAUCCGAUUCUGGGAUGCGAAGAACUACGCUCUCAUUCAACGUGUGCAGGGGCAUUUGGCGGAUACUUUGGAUGUAGCUGUGAGCGCGAAGGGCGACACCGUUGUUAGCGGAGGCGCAGAUCAGAGGACGGUUGUCUACAGGAAGAAGGACGCUGAGAAGGGCGAUAAGAAGGGCAGAUGGGCGGAGGUGAUGCACCGGCGGUAUCACACUCAUGAUGUCAAGACCUUUGCCGUGUAUGAAACAAAGGAUAUCAGUUUCGUAGUCUCUGGAGGACCCGAUGCCGCCCCCGUUGUCUUACCUUUGCGCGAAUUCGGAAAGGAACACCACAGGAAACUGUCGACCCUGCCACAAAUACCACAGCUCGCUUCUUCCCCAUCGUCUCGAUUGGUCAUGAGCUUCUGGGACCGGGAGGUCAGCAUCUGGCGGCUGUCCCGUGGUCCCAUGCCUGGGCAUGAAUCCCCAGAUGGACAGAGACAUCGACUUGUAGGGAAGGUUCUGAUUCAGGGCGAGGAGAACAUCACCUCAGCUAUGCUUUCGUCAGACGGAAAGAUCUUAGUUGUUGCUACGACGUCUACUGUCAAAACGUUCUCUGUUCGGCGGCGCAAGGGUGACGAAAAGGGGACUCUACGCAUACAGAAGCUGGACCUUCCUUCAGAAAUUGCAGAUGAUGGUGCUCGUGUGGUAACUGUUUCCCCCGACAGCCGGUGGAUCUGUGUUAUCCGUCCCAACAGCGCGAUUUAUCUGGCUAGAAUCAAGCCUGCCUCGUCUCCGCAAGAGAAGCCUCAGCUCCUAUCCCAACUGAUCAAACUCGACCGAGCCACGCGUCACUCUCGUCAUGAGAAAGCCUCUCAUGGUACUCUAGGCAACUAUGAACGGAUGAUCCGGUGCGUUGUGUUCUCCAGCGAUAGCAGACUUCUCGCUGUCGGCGACCUUUCCGGCUGCGUCGACACUUGGUCGCUGGAUGACGCCGAGGAGCCGUCCCAGAAAUCCCUGUCGAAAUGCAAUGGAGUAGCGGACUCGGACGAUGAAUCGUCUGAUGACGAAGACGAGCGGCCCAUCAUUGAGGGUGAGCGCUGGCAGCUCAUUGCCGCCGAAUCACCCAUCCCUCGUCUCAAAUCCGGCGUAGUGCUGUUAUCCUUCCGUCCUCCAAACCCGGCCACAGCGAAGCAGUUGACGAACGGGGUCGACCAAGCUCCUUCCAAGCAGAGCGAAAACCAACUCAUGGCUCUCACCAGCGAGCACCAAUUGGUGGAAUUCGACGCUCUCGAGGGAAAGCUCUCAGACUGGUCGAGAAGAAACCCCAAGGCGUACCUCCCCGCAGAGUUCCGGGGGGUUAAAGACCGGGCAAUGGGAUGUGUAUGGGACUUGAAUGAAGAGCGCGAACGCCUCUGGCUCUACGGCACCUCGUGGCUGUGGAUGUUCGAUCUGAACCAGGACUUCCCAUCUUCCGAAGAGCUUACCGCCUCCGCCGACAUUCAAGAUGAUGGAAAGACACAGGGCGCCUCUUCGGAAGCCCCAGCCUCCACUCAGAAGCGCAAGCGCGAUCCCUUCGAAGAAAGCGAAGCUGGUCGGAAGAAGCCGAACACCGGCGCCGGUGACAGGAUCCCCCUAGCCCAGUCAGACAUCGUCGUCGGCACGAAGAUGCGCAAGGUCGUUGGUCCGGACGAGUCCCAAAGCGAAUGGAUCUUGCUCGACAAGGAACGUCCCCGGACCCAGGACGACUCAACCUACGACGACCAUGACGACUCGUACACAACUGCUCAGGACGCCCAGCUCGCUCGUCUCCGACGAUCCGCCCUCCAGGACCACGACGAAGAAUCUGAACCUCACACCCCGCGGAAGAAACGUCUCUCCAUCGGCCUCAAGCACAUCAUCAAUGCCUUCGGUGAUACUCCCGCUCGCAACACCCCUGCCCAGAAAAAACAAUCCGCCCUGUCUUCUACUGAAGUCGCUGAUUCGGCUAAAUCUCAACAUGUCCGUCGCUGGUGGCACACUUACAAGUACCGUGACAUCUUGGGCAUUGUUCCCCUCUCCUCUUCUUCUUCCUCUACUUCCUCUUACUCAUCUUCUGUUUCACUUCCUCAUACCCCACACUCAGACGAAGAAACAAAUGACCCAGAUAGCAUUCUAGAAGUUGCUAUCGUGGAGAGACCAAUGUGGGAUGUUGAACUGCCGGGUCGUUACGUCAGAGACUAUGAAUGA